AACGCCGUUUCUAUACGUCUUUUCUUUUUAUUUAUCAAACGAAGCAUUGUCGUUUCGCGUACGCCAACCAACGGCCGCUACAUCCAGUGCUAUCACUUUGUGGCACAAGAAGAAAUCGGUAGGAUAGGAGAUACUAAAGAAAAUGAGGUUUGUUAGCAAGUGUCCUGGAUUUCUUCAAAGGAUAGCCCUAAUUGAAGCGGAUAGUGGAGGAGUUGUAAGUCGAUGGAGGAAGCAGUUGUUCUCUACAUUGAGCGAAGCAGCAGAGCUAAACGAUUUUAUGAAUUACUUGGAUUCCCUCAACAACUUUGAGAAAUCAGGCGUUCCUAAGGGUGCUGGUACUGAUUCCGACGAAGGUUUUGACCUUGGUCGCAUGCGCCGCCUCAUGGACCGUCUCGGAAAUCCUCACUCCAAGUUCAAGGCAGUACACAUUGCGGGGACAAAAGGAAAAGGAUCAACUGCGGCAUUUCUCUCUAACAUCUUGCGGGCACAAGGCUACUCUGUUGGUUGUUAUACGAGCCCGCAUAUUGUGACCAUAAGAGAACGGAUGUCCAUCGGAAAACUAGGGAAGCCGGUUUCACCAAUGGCUUUAAAUUCUCAUUUCCAUCAGAUUAGACAGAAACUUGACGAGGCUAUCCAACUAGAGAAUGGCUGUUUGAGUCACUUUGAGGUUGUUACUGCCAUAGCUUUCUCACUAUUUGCUCAGGAGAAUGUUGACAUUGCAAUUAUUGAGGCUGGCCUUGGGGGUGCUCGGGAUGCUACAAACAUACUUUGCAGUUCUCAACUUGCUACAUCAAUCAUAACUACUAUAGGUGAGGAACAUUUGAUGGCACUGGGGGGUUCUCUUGAAAGCAUUGCAAUGGCAAAGGCUGGAAUAAUUAAACGUGGUCGUCCAUUGAUUCUGGGUGGGCCUUUUCUUCCCGACAUCGAGCGCAUUCUUCGUGAUAAAGCAUCGCUGAUGCUUGCUCCUGUAGUAUCAGCAUCUGAUUCUGGAAUCAGAACUACCAUUAAAGGCCUUAGCAUGUUCGAUGGUAGACAUUGCCAGUUAUGUGACAUAAAGAUAAGAGUAAAGAAGGCUUUGAAUCUGUUUAUUGAGUUAUCUGACUUGGAAAUGCACAUGCUUGGAAGUCACCAACUCCAAAAUGCAGCUACUGCAGCUUGUGCAGCUCUGUGCCUCCGCGAUCAAGGAUGGAAAAUAUCAGAUGCAUCAAUUCGGCUUGGUUUAGAAAAUACAUGCUUGCUUGGAAGAAGUCAAUUUCUAGCAUCCAAAGAUGCUGAGGUGUUAGGAGUACCAGGGGCUACCAUACUGCUUGAUGGAGCUCACACUAAAGAAUCUGCAAAAGCUUUGGUCGACACUGUACGGUUGACAUUUCCAGAAGCUCGAUUGGCUCUUAUAGUGGCUAUGGCUAGUGACAAAGAUCAUUUGGCUUUUGCAGGAGAAUUUCUUUUAGAUAAAAAAUUAGAGGCCGUCUUCCUAACAGAAGCUGAGAUUGCUGGAGGCAAAUCUCGAACAACUGCCGCUCCCUUGUUAAGAGAUUACUGGGUACAAGCUUGUGAAGAAUUGGGUAUUAAUACCCUUCAUGAUGGCAUGGCAGAAUACCGAGAGUUGUUGGAGAAUGAAUUUAUUCAUUCUGAAAGGCAUCUGGGAGGCAAAAUCAUAUUGGCCACUAACAAUUCUCUGGAGAUUUCUCUGAGAAUGGCGAGUGAAUUUCUUAGGGGAAGAACAGGGAACCAAUCAAGCGUUCUUGUUGUUACAGGAUCUCUGCAUAUUGUAUCAUCCGUACUAGCUCGUCUCCAUGGGUAAAAUGCAUCAAGGAAAUCUAUCCCAAGCCAAAGAGGACGACACUGUUAUAAUAUAAAUAAUUGGUCGUCUUUCCCUUAAAUCUUUGUUAAUUAAUUAUGAAACUAAAAUUGCGCUGAAAAACUUUAUGAAAAGAAAAAGAAAAAAAAGGUAGUGCAAAGUAAAAUCCUCUUUGAGUGACUAGGCUGUAUUGUUCUGUCCAUUCCGGUACUUAAACUUUUCAAGUAUUAAGGUGCAUUUCUAUGA